AUGAGUCGAACAACGAUCAGCGAGGUUGCUCUCAACGGCUUCGCAGCUUCCUCUAGUUAUGAUAAACAUCGACCUUCCUACCCAGCUGAUGCCGUUGAUCAGCUGCUAUAUGCGCUCAAAGUCGCUGGAGUUCAAGGUGCACGUGUCGCCGAUUUGGCCGCAGGCACAGGCAAGUUCACAGAACUCCUGGCUGCAAGGCCGGAGCAAUACUCGAUUGUCGCUAUUGAACCUCACGAAGAUAUGAAAGCAGAGCUCGAGCGAAAGAGCUUGAAAGGGGUGAAUGUGGUCAUGGGGACAGCAGAUGAUAUGUCGGAGAUAGCAGAUGCAAGCUUUGAUGCAUUGAUCGCAUCGCAGGUUAGAUCCCAAUCCUUCACAGUGCAGAGAAUGGUUCUAACCGGUAGGUCAGUCGUUUCAUUGGUGACUUUGCCGCUGCAUUCCAUCGUGAAUGUUGUCCGGGCUAAGUCGCUUGUAUCAAGGUUUGCCAAUCGGCCUGCUCUUGAGGAAAUUCACCGAGUUCUGAAGCCGACACGCCUGCUCGGUAUGAUCUGGAAUAUUGAAGACUACAAUGCGCCUCGUGACUGGGAUAUGACAACGAGUUGGGAAUCACAAAUCCGCAAUCUGACCUGGACCCUCAAUGAUGACCUUCCUCGCUUUCGACAUGAGAAAUGGCGAAAGUGCUUCGAUGACCAGCUUGCUAGCACUCCUUUGAGCCUGGCUUUUGCGGACCCGCUAUUCAGUCUACCGCUUGGUGAAGGCAGUGUCAAAUUCGAAACGUGGCUGAACAAAGACGACAUCUGGAAGAGAUACAAGACCUUAAGUCAAAUCGCGGUUCUGGGGAGAGAGAAGCUCGAGGAGGUCAAAAAGGAGUUCUUCAAUGCCAUCGACCACAAAGAUGUCGUGCAGGAUGAACAAGGACGAGUCGCCGUGCACGGACACACAUUUUUCGCGUGGACAUCUAGCAUCCCAGAGCAGCCGCUGCGAAAUGGUGGUUGA